AUCGCAUCGCAUUUCACGCCUUCACAGAUAAUGGAAACCCUACUGGAGCGUACACGGGGAGCACAUGAGAGUAUCGAGCGCUUCGAGCAGGCAAUUGUUGACAGGCUCGCCGAGAACCCUCGGACUGUGCGUGGUCGGCUAGCAAACGAACACCAGGUUGCCGACCUGCUGGGCAGAAUAAAGCAGUCAAGUCAAUCCCUUAUUGAUGCCUACGCAGACGCGGACGGCGCACACGCCAAAGAGGUCGAAGCACUGUCGGGUCCAGACCCAUUCGCAGAGUUCUACAAGCAAUUAAAGGAUGUCAAAGACUUCCAUCGGAAAUACCCGAAUGAGACUGCCGAAGAUCUCGAGCAGCAGCUGAGGAAGCGUUCGCGAGAUGAGUUUGAGGAGUCGGAGGUGGACAGGCUAUUCUCGGGAGAGGAAGGAAACGGCCGCUUCUUCGACUUGUACACACUUCACGAGGAGUACGUCAAUUUGAAAGGAAUAAAACCUACGCCAUACCUUCGCUACCUCGACAUCUACGACGACUUCACGAUUGUACCGCGACAAAACAAGACGGAUUCCUACUUCAAAUACGUCGGCGCAUUGAAGGAUUACCUCGCAUCAUUCUUCAAGCGAGUAAAACCUCUCGAGAAUCACGAGAAAGUACUUGCAAAGAUAUCGGACGACUUUGCCCGUGAAUGGGAGGAAGGAACAUUACCAGCAUGGAAAGAUGAUCCAACGGCGCCAGCAGCGGCUACAAGUGAAGGCAUUUAUUGUGACGCUUGCGAAAAGUACUAUUCUAAGCAGACGGUGUACGACGCACAUCUGAACAGCAAGAAGCACAAGAAGGCGGCUGGGGCAAGAGGCGACGGAAACGUCGCGGGAGAGGCUGCGAAGACUCCCAGCAAGCCCCGCGACACGAAACAUCGUGCCAUUGCGGAAAGAGAGUACAUCGUGGCGAAACUCUCAGAGAUUUUAAUGAAGCAAAGACAGGACACGAAAACCAAUGUGGAAAGAAAACAGUCCCUGACGGAUACCGAACGACGAGCAGAGCUCGAUGCAGUAGACGAAGGAGCCGUGGAAGGAGCGGAAGACAAGGAUGACGAUUCAGAUGACGAGGAACGUAUCUACAACCCUCUGAAGUUGCCACUGGGCUGGGAUGGUAAACCUAUCCCGUACUGGCUUUACAAGCUUCAUGGACUUGGCGUAGAAUAUUCAUGUGAAAUUUGUGGAGGGCAUGUAUACCGAGGAAGAAAAGAGUAUGAGCGUCACUUUAUGGAGGGUCGCCAUGUGUAUGGUCUCCGAUGUCUGGGAAUUCCGGCGUCGCAUCUCUUCAAGGAGAUUACGAGCAUCGCCGAUGCCACUGCUUUGUGGGCCAAGCUGAAGACCGAAAGACGCGACGUGGAUAUGAAGAAGGAUGCUGCUGUCGAGAUGGAGGACGACGAAGGAAAUGUCAUGUCGGAGAAGGUCUACAACGAUCUGAAGAACCAAGGCCUCCUAUGA